AUGACAAUUGGCAGUGUUCUACUGUUUCUAGCUGUACCAGCUGCAGUUACUGUAGCUCAGCUGACAUCUCGAGCUCAAUCUGAUCAAAUUGCACUUCUUCCAGGAACUAUCUUCCAGGUUUGAGUCUGUUCUUCAAGUCCAAACUAGAAACUUUCCUUUUUUCAGACAAAUUUCAGCCAGUAUUCGGGAUACCUUAACUCAAACCCUAACACAGCUGCCAAUGACCUGCAUUACUGGUAUCGUAUUCUUCAGUAGUACUAACUUUCAAUACAAUUUGACGUUCAGGUUCAUUGAUUCUCAAAUUAACAAAACAUACGAUCCAGUUCUGCUCUUCAUCAAUGGUGGACCUGGUUGCAGCUCCCUAAUUGGCCUGUUUCAAGAGAUCGGUCCCUUCAGAGUGUCUGCAGAUGGUCAGACUCUCUACGAAAAUGUAUUCUCUUGGAACAAAGUGACAAAUCUGCUUGCCAUUGAUGCCCCUGACACCGGUUUCUCAGUCCCCGGAAGUCAUGAAAGAUCCCAGGAUGACAGUACGGUCACACUUGCUAUUCUGAAUGCUCUUACUGAUUUCUACACCGUAUACCCUCAACUUAUCAAUAAUGAUCUCUACAUUGCCGGUGAGGGUUACGGUUCUUUCUUUGCAUCUGGUCUGGUUGAAUCUCUUCUGGUAAACAACACUCCACGUCCAGAUAUUUUGACCUCGCCAAUUAAGAUUAGAGUGAGUAUACAUUAUGCUUUUCUUAAAACAAAACAUCACAAAUCUGAAGGGUCUUGUUCUGGCAAACGGUGAUUUGAGUGCUCGUUAUCAGUACAACAGCAUCAUUCCGUACUACUACACGCACGGUUUCGCUGGAACAAAGUAAAUAAACAGAUUGGAAACUCUAACGAAACAAUUUUUGCAGAGAUUAUGACGCUCUUAAAACGGUCUGCUGUACGAAUUCUUCAACUCUGAACUGUGAUUUUUAUAACAGCGCUUCUACAUGCAGAAAUGCAGCAGAUCUUGCAAUCCAAACAUGGACAGACAGCCUGUGAGAUUACUAUAGACACCAGAUUUGAAAGGUUGUGGUUUAGCUUGAACUCUUACGACAUUUACCAAGAUUGCUAUCGGAACAAAAUUCAAUUGCUCACUUCUUUAAAACAAAUGGGAAUCAAGGUGAUUUCUAUGCGAAAAAUUUAGUUUUUUUGCUGUCAGCAACGAAGCAUAUGGAAAAGCGACUACACGCUCUUUAGCGAUUGAGCGAAAAAUUUUCAAGACAUUUACGUAGUCGUGAUUUUAAAGGCAGUAGUGAACAACUACAAUUCAACGGAUUCUUUUAUUGGAUAUCCUUGCACUGCAGUCACCGCAACUUCCAACUAUCUCAACAGGGACGACGUGCAGGCAGCUUUCCAUGUGAACCCUAACGCAACGAAGCCUUAUCAGUCGUGCAGGUACGAACUGUGUUGUUGUGGCACUACAAACCAUAUUUUUUUGUUUCCAGAAACGUUACUUUCACCAGUCUCUCGACUGACUUGCAAAUCCGCUUGUCUUCUAUUCUCACGACAAAAAACUAUGUUACUAACAAUGCCGAAGUUCUCAUUUACAACGGAGAUCUAGACAUUGUGAACAACUUCAUAGGAGCACAAAAGUUUGGAAGGGAAUUGGCAGCUUCUCUGAAACUCAACCUCACUGAAGACCGCGUCUGGAGACAUAAUUACGAUUCUGCCGCAUUUAAGUGGAUGGAUGGUGGUAUUAUUACCAGUUACUCUAGUAACCUACACAUUGCAUCCAUUCGGGUAGAAUAUUUCUUAAAGCAGAGUAUAUUUUCACUGCUUUCAUUUUAUUACAGGGCGCUGGUCAUUUCGCCCCUCAAAAUCGUCCGUCGCAAGCACUGCAGCUUUAUCGUGAUUUCGUAUUAGGGUUGUUCUUCAAUAAUUGCCUCAGCCGAGUAAACAAAGUAGCUGCACCUCUGCUACCCGAUUAUCAGAAAAAUGUUGGGAAUGAUGCCCGCAAGCAAGCAGAUAAGGUUCUAAACAAGACUCUUUCAACUGAUCUUUGUUGAGACAUUUUGGCAACUUUCAGAUUGUGGACUUACCCGGGCUGACAUACAAAAUCAAUUUCAAUCAGUACUCUGGAUAUUUGAACGCAUCUACAACUCACAAAUUUCAUUAUUGGUUCGUUGAGUCUCAAAAUGAUCCUGCCAACAGUCCAGUUCUAUUGUGGUUGAACGGAGGACCCGGAAGCUCAUCUUUAUGGGGAAUGCUGACGGAGAAUGGGCCAUUCCGACCAAAUCGUGAUAAAAAAACUUUAUAUGAGAAUAUUCACUCUUGGAACAAGGUUAUUCAUUAAUUGGAAAUCGAAAAAAAACUGAGUGGAAUUUUUCAGUUUGCCAACGUACUCUACUUAGAAAGCCCGCAUCAAGUCGGAUUCUCAUACUCCACAGUGGUCAAUGAUUACACAUAUACCGAUGAUUUAACAGCCUCGGACAACUACAAUUCGAUCAAGGACUUUUUUUUUAACAUUUUUCCUGAAUACCAAAACAACUCCUUUUACAUCACUGGAGAAUCAUACGGAGGAGUCUAUGUUCCAACACUCUCAAAGCUUCUCAUUGAGAAAAUCAGUGCAGGAGACAUUCAACUGAAUUUCAAGGUUGAAUUAAUUGUGCCAAACAUUUGAAAACUUUUUAUAGGGAAUCGUCAUUGGAAACGCUGAACUGACCACCAAGUUUCAAGUGAACUCAGUUAUCUUCCAACUUUACACUUAUGGACUUGUUGGAGAGAUGUACGGAACGAAAGAAGUUUGAAGUUCUGAAAAUACGAUUUUUAGAGAGUACAACGCACUCGUCCAGAAUUGCUGCCCAAAUGUGACCGACGCUACGCAAUGUGAUUUCUACACCCCAUACAUUCAUUUCGAUUAUCUUGGUAACUACAAUGCAGUACCAAAUGCUGAUAGUUUCUGUUCUAACGCAGUAUGUUAAAAAUGUAUAUAUAUUUUUUGUAAAUUAUUCUUCAAAGAUUCUCGGAAUUGUGCAAGAUCAAGUCUGGAACUCACUCAAUGACCCUUAUAACAUCUACCAAGAUUGCUACACGACAGCAGUUUCAUCUCAAACUGCCCGUUCGAAGGAUUCAAUCCUCUCAUUUGCUUUCAAGGAUAAUGCUGUAUGUUUUUAUUUUAUGUUAGUUUCUACCUGUUUUUUUAGAAACUUCUCAACCUUGAGUCUUCUGACCCAUUUGAUGGAUUUCCUUGCUGGAGUACCGACUCUCUGACUGGUUAUUUAAACAGAGAAGACGUCCGCAACGCGUUGCACAUUCCGUCCUUUGUGCAAACUUGGCAGUCUUUCAAGUCAAUCUUGACGAAGAAUCGGUUUUUUCAAAAUUGUAUUUUUUCAGCCAAACUGUCAACGAACAGCUCUACAAUCGCAGUUACUUUGAGCUUGAUGGAGUGCUGAAGGACAUCAUUUCUAGUUACUAUUAUAAGCAGAAUAAUUUGAAGAUUCUCAUUUACAAUGGAGAUGUGGACAUGGUUUGCAACCAUCUCGGAGAUCAAUGGCUCAUUGAGCAGCUUGCCGCUGAAGCGGGUUUGAAGGUUUACCGGAUAUUCCCAUAACUAUGAAUGCGCUUAAACUUUUCAGACAGUGACGCCACGCACGAUGUGGAACUAUGUUAUUGCUGGAUCGAAUUACUUGCCACAAUUGGCUGGGUACAUUAAAAUUUUUGAGUCAAACAUUCAACUCGUGACUGUGAAAGGAUCGGGUCAUCUGGUACCACAAGACCGGCCAGGACCAGCUCUUCAAAUGAUUUACAACUUUGUUAACAACUUGAACUUGAACGUAACCUAUCCCAAAGCUCUAGUUGCGACGCCACUGCUCCCAUCCUACACUAACUUGGAAGGAUGCAAUGCUACCCAAUACCCAACUGCAGCCUCUCUCCCAACACUUCCUCCUCUGCCACCACUUCCUCCAGGAGUUACUUUUCCGUUUGCCGAGUUCAUGAGUAACAAUGUCCACAAAAUGCUGAACACAAACCCGAACAGUCCCACCAAUCUGACCGCAGCUGCUGCUGCCGACUUGAUCCAAAACCUUCCCGGGUUGACUUUCAACGUUCCUUACCGUAUGUUCUCUGGCUACUUGACACCGGAUGAAAAACCCAUCAAUCAUCUCUUCUACUGGUUCGUCGAGUCUCAAAGUGAUCCCGUCAAUGAUCCUGUUGUUCUUUGGCUGAACGGAGGACCUGGAUGCAGUUCUCUUGGAGGUUUUUUCACUGAGCUCGGACCUUUUCAUCCAAACGACGACAAUGGACAAACACUUUACGAAAACGUGUUCUCUUGGAAUAAGGUUUCUUUUCAAAUGUGUUUUUAUUGGUAAAAGUGUGUUUUUUAGAAAGCAAACGUUCUUUUCCUGGAGGCUCCUGUGAAAGUAGGAUUCUCAUAUACAGAAGAUACUAACUACUAUUGGAACGAUGAUACUGUAUAGUCAAAGAAACUCCUCCGAUAAUUAAAACUGUUCUUUACAGACAGCUGAAAACAACGGAUACGCAAUCAAGGCGUUUUUCCAGAAGAACUUCCCUCAGUAUGCCCAGAAUGAGUUCUUUAUCACAGGAGAAUCGUAUGGUGGAGUGUACUGUCCAACUCUUACUCUCAAUCUCGUUCAACAAAUUGAUGCUGGAAUUCUGAACUUGAACUUCAAGGUAAAUCAUUUCUAAAACUAUCACACAUUAAUAUGAACUAAUGAAGUUUAGGGUACAGCUGUAGGAAAUGGUAUUCUGAGUGAGUACUUGCAGACAAACUCUGAAAUUGUUCUUCAGUACGGAAGAGGAUUUACCGGACUCGAGUAAUUGUUACAUUUGAUAAGUUUCAUACGAGAACGAAUAUUUUUACAGCGAGUGGAAUUCUUUGAAAACUGCCUGCAACCUCACAAACUCUGACACCAUCUACUUUGACUAUCAAGGUGCUCCCGAUGGUUCUGAUUGUGCAAAUGCAGUGAAUAAUAAUCAAGACAAGUUUUAUGAUUAUGAUGAAGCGAAGUUUGAUCGAGCUCAAGUGAUACUUUUAAUAUAAACGUUUCCAGUGGUGACCCGUACAAUUUGUACCAAGACUGUUAUCUUUACGACAACAACGGAAAUUGGCAAACACCCGUAUCAAACAACAAACGGAAGCAGUCUUUGACUAGAAGAGAAAAGGCUCAUCGAGCACUUCUCCAUCGCAGAAGACAAUUUGCGUCAAAGUUCCAAAGCUCUGCCUCAAACAAUUGGUACGGUUCAACAGACGCUUUCCGAGGACUAAACUGCUUCGGUGGAGAUGCACUUGCUGCGUACCUGUCCCGAAGUGACGUGCAAAAUGCUAUUCACGCUAAACCAAUCAACCGCUGGGUCGACUGUGCUGAUGAGAAUCCAGAAAAUCACUGGAAAUAUCACACACAGGACAAGUAUUAUGACAUGCAAAACACAAUCAGCGCAAUCAUGGAUUCACAAUGGUACUCCACGAAUAACAUGAGAUUGAUGUUCUACAACGGUGACGUGGAUACGAUUUGUCAAUUCCUAGGAGACGAAUGGCUUAUCGAGAAACUCGUGCAACGUAGAAAUUUGACAGUAAUACCGCGUCACCAGUUUUAAUGAACUAUAUUAUGCAUUUUUAGGUCCUUUCUCAACGGCAUCCAUGGUUUUACAAACAAGGCACUCAAUACGCACCAACUAUUGCAGGAUACGUGAAAUCUUGGUCUCAGAAUCUGGCCCAGCUCACUGUGAAAGGAUCUGGACAUUUUGUACCUUCGGAUCGCCCUGCACAAGCCUUGCAAAUGCUAAUCAACUUUUUACACAAUGAACAAAACUACAGCACGCCAGCAAAUGUGUGACUAUAUAAUGUUUGAAUUUUUCAAUAUCACUUUCAGGUAGACACAACUCCUCAACCUGUUUUCACAGACUAUCAGACCCCUGUGAAUUGUACUGUCGGUCAGACUGAUCGAAUAAUUGAUUUACCUGGACUGAGCAGCAGCCUUCAGUUUAAGCAGUACUCUGGAUUCUUAGAUGGACUUUCUGGGCAUAAACUUCAUUAUUGGUGGGUUAGUGGUGUUUUUUUGAUUGAGUAAAAUACGUUUAAGGUUGGUUGAAUCACAAAACGAUCCUACCAAUGAUCCUCUACUGUUGUGGUUGAAUGGAGGCCCUGGAUCGAGUUCAUUGAUGGGAUUGUUCGAAGAAAAUGGACCUUUCCGUAUCAGCAAAGAUGGAAAGACUCUUUCAGAAAAUCCGUAUUCUUGGAAUAAGGUUGACAUGACCGGGAAUUCUCAAAAAACAGUUCUGCUUACAGUUCGCUAACGUACUCUAUUUAGAAAGUCCAAUUGGGGUUGGUUUCUCAUACGCUUCAAACAAUAUUGACACUCCAUACAAUGAUGACAUCGUGAGGAACACUAGACAAAUGCAUUGAAAUGAAAACACAAACAUUAUUCAGACUGCACAAGAAAACUACGCAGCACUGAAAAGCUUUUUCAAUGCAUAUCCUCAGUACACAACAAUAGACUUCUACACGACCGGAGAAUCUUAUGCGGGUGUAUAUCUUCCUACGCUUUCAGCUCUUCUGGUUCAAGGAAUCAAAUCGGGGGACAUUAACAUUAACUACAAGGUAACUACAAGAUCUGGAUUCAAACAGAUGUGAAGUUUAGGGACUUUCUAUUGGAAAUGGUGUGAUAGACAAGAAAACCGAUUUGGAUUCACAACUCCAUUACCAAUAUUAUCACGGCGGUAUUCCAUUUUCGUGAGUUUUAUUUGUAGUUACAAAUGGAAAAUAUGUUGUGCUGUUUAGAACAUACCAAGCUGCUCUAGAUAUUUGCUGCUCUGGAGAUGAAUUCAAAUGCCAAUUCAGUAGUCACAUGGACAACUUCAAUAAUUCCAUUCCAUGGGGGGACUUGAAUGAUCCUUGCUACGUUUUUGUCCGUUUGAACUUUGAGUUAACAAACUUUGACCUGAACAUUUUCAGAUUGUAAGUGAAGGAGCUAAUUUGUUGCUGAACUCUUUUGAUCCGUACAAUUUGUACCAACAUUGCUGGACUAUUCCGUACAAUGACACAACUCUACUCACACCUUAUGGCGAAACUUGGGUGGGUUUUGUUUUUGAAUGAAUAUAAAACUGACAACUAGGCUAGAAAUUAUCUAUACUUUUUUUCAGACUGGAAUUAACUACGAAUCAAGUGAUGCUUUGAAUGGGUACCCGUGCUACAUGGACGUGGCAAUGGAAUUGUAUUUGAAUCAAGCAACAGUCAGAACAGCUUUGAACAUUCCAUCUUCUGUGCCAGCCUGGGCUGCAGCCAAGUACCUGUUUCUGUUUUUUUUUCGUGUAAAACUCCAUUGAACUUUAGCAACAUCAUCAACGCCUACACGCAACAAGUAGACAGUAUCACUCCAAAUCUUCAAAUUAUCCUUGCCAACGCACCAGCUCAAUUCAAAAUCCUUUUCUACAGUGGAGAUGUUGAUACAAUGGUCAACUGGCUUGGAGCCGAUGUUUUCACUUCUGCCAACUUCCCAAGCUUCGGGCUCCAAGUACGAUUUUCCAAAAACCAAAGUUUACUUUAAUUUUUAAGGUAUCAAACAACAGAAACAAAUGGACAUACCAGAUUGAUAGCACUUAUCAACCAACCGUAGCAGGAUAUCAAACCUCUUACACAUCUGGUACAGUUAAUGUUGAUGUUUUGACCGUGAAGGUUGGUUUCAUUUUUUUAAUAUGUGUAUAACUGCUUCCAAAUUUCAUUCAUAGGGCUCCGGGCAUUUUGUUCCACUCGACCGACCGCAACAAGCUCUCCAACUGAUUUUCAACUUUGUCAAGUCUCGAGACUACAGUACCCCAUACGACCUUGCGGCCGUAUCCACCACCACUCUAACUACAACAGCGACAACAGCAACAACUUCUUCAGCUCUGAAUGCAUCAACUGUUUCAUCUAUUCCUGGUGCAUCUACGUUGUCAACCGCGACUAUUCCCACCACGACACGUGGAAAAGAUUUCGUGAAAUACUAUUUAGCAAUUGUCAGCUGUAUUGUAACGUUUAUUUUCAGAAAUUAGAAUGUUUUUAUUAACUAUGACUCGUUUUAAUGUUUUUACAUAACUCAAUAAAUAAAAUGGGUCAAUUUAUAACAAACAAUGCCCAAGAAGUUGUUUGGGGAAGAGCAAUUAUUGCCGGUCCACACUCAUUGACCCCUUGUAUUGUUCUAUCCUAUUCACAACCCGCACAAUACAUAUGCUAUAGAGCGACCACCUUUUGGAGCUCUUCCGUUUGUUGAGUUCUAAAGUAUUAUUCCUAUUCUUUAUGCUUCCUCACACCCAAGUCGCCUGCUUCUGUUGUAAAUGUUUAUAAUAGUCCGAAUUUGGAAGAAGUGAAAGGAAAUGAACUUCAACUUGAGUCUAGGCUUCAUUUUUUUAAGUUUAUUCUGUUUUACAGUAAUCACAACAAGUGAAAAGUGUGACACCACUGUAAGUCACCUGGUUAACAUGUUUUUCAAUCUACCGAAAGUACUAUUCAGAAUAAGAAAAAGACAUUCUUAUGGUCUGUGGAACAUCCACAAUUGCUUACCACUAGCUAUUUGUUUGGAACAAUUCAUGUUCCAUUUUCUGAUGUUUGGAAUCAAGGUUUGACUUUCAAAAACAUGUUUACUUCAGUUGAUUCAUAUUUUAGUGAGUGAUCGAGUCCACGAAGCAUUUUAUUUUUCGGAUACCGUUCUGGUCGAACUGGAUCUGAGAGAUGAUUCCACAGUCCGGCAGCUUGCGUCAUGCAAAAACUUGCCAUCGAACGACACUGUAAAGUCAUAUCUGCCAAACGUGUUGAUUGAAAAAAUUCAAAAGUGUGAGUAGAUCUUUAAUGUUCCGUAGCGACCAUUACAUUUCAGUCAUGAACUUCUAUCGGAGUGAGUUGGUAACAUGGACUCAUCAGCAAAACCCUUUUGACGAGAAUCGGUCAAGACAAUCUGAGGAAAUAUAUGAUGGCAUAACAGGUAUGACCUUAGGUUUUCUGUACAAAUACAAGCACAUUUAUUUAUGGAUACUUCAAACAGAGCCUUAUUUGUAUGUAAUAUUAGAGCAUUAACCGAACAUUUUUUCAGUUGAUUGGCCUAGAAAACGACCCGUCUGGUUGUUAUUCCUGUUAUAUCAACUCAGCGAAAACAUUUAUGAAAAGUCCACAAGCCCUCUCCUUGAUUGGUAUAUUGCCCAAAAAUCAAGAGAUGCUGCCAAAACAGUUGUACCUAUAGAAACAACUGAAGAGCAGUGUAAUCCUGUGUGGUCUGUAACUGAUCAUGAGGUUUGUUGUUUUAAAUUACAUGUAUCAAUUUAGUAGAAAUGAAAUUUCCAGAUUCUGUUCGCUAUCCAGUAUACAAUUGAGUUUCUUGAAAAUAAGUAUUCACACAAACCAUUACUAGAAGUGAAAGAACAAAGCAGUCUCCACAAACUGGUUCAACAAUAUAAAUGUGGUACUUUGACAGAGGACACGCUAACCGUACCACUCACCAACUCCAACUAUGGAGUGUCACAGAAGCUAGAAGCUGAGAAAGUCUGUGAAAAAUUGAUAAACAAUAAAUAGAUAAUUAAUUCUCAGAUACACAAAAAAUUGAAACAAGAUAUAUUGACCCGGCGUAACUAUCGAAUUGCCAUGAGGAUAGACAGUAUCUUGAAAUCUAAACGGAACAAUAUCGUGUUCUCUGCAAUUGGAACAGGUCACUUUUUUGGAAAUGAGAGUGUUUUAGUUCAUCUUCAACAAAAUGGGUACACUGUUCGAGAAGUAGCUGAGAAUGAUACAAUGUACGCUAUUUUCAUGACUAUAUAAUUAGUGGUAACUAUCAACCAUCUCAGAACACCUUCAACUGCUGGAUCUCGGUACUCAGUCAAAUUCAAACGGAUGUGGACGAGAGACAACGGAUUCCCUAAAACAUCCAUUGUUAUUGAACAAAUGGAGCGUUCGAUUAUUGUUUCUAGCCGUGAUCCGUUAAAUUUGAUGUGCUUGAUAAUGUUUGUGAUAAUUCAUGUUGUAUAA